AUGUCUCAAAACGCCGACAAAAGCAAAGAGACAAAUUCUCCGCCAAAACCAAAACGGGGCCGAAAACCAGAGAAUGUUUCCAAAAAUAUGGACUUUACGGGACAGGACCCCGUAAUGAGAGUGCGCAUGGCGCGAAUGUUGCAGAGGCGGAGAGCGACAGAAGAACGCACGGCCAUGGUGAAUAUUGGUGUGGGAAGGCAAGAACUCUCACAGAUGACGACAGACGAGUUACUAAUAUAUGCCCAAAUUAUCAAAGAGACGUUAUCAAAGUACCCCCGUGGAAGUGUAAUAGAUAGAUGA